GGAACGUAGCCUUUGCUUUUUAUAAAAUGGUUCCGUUUAAUUUCUUUGUAUUAUUAUCGGGUGUAUGUUUUUGUUUAUUUUUGAUUGGUUUACACAAUUUUAUUUCAAAUCAUGAAACAAAUAAAUGUGAAAUGACAUACAUGUUUGAGUAUCCUCAGUAUGUAAGGAUCUCGUUCAGCGGCGAGCUGGGCCCGAAGCACCUCCGCUACGGGCUGUAUGCGUACGGCGAGGGCCAGUUCACCGAGAAGCUGAGGAAGAUGAGCUUCAGUGGCAUCCCGGUGCUCUUCAUCCCGGGCAACAGCGGCUCCUACAAGCAAGUUCGUUCGCUGGCGUCGGUGAGCCUGCGCAAGGCCAUCAGCGCCCGCAGUCCGUACCACUUCGACUUCUUUGCGGUCGACCUGAACGAGGAAUACUCGGCGCUCUACGGGGGCGUGCUGGAGGACCAGACGGAGUUCGUGCGGCUCAGCAUCGAGCGAGUGCUGCAGCUGUACGCCCGGGCCCCCAGCCCUCCCAAGUCCGUCGUGCUGAUCGGACACUCUAUGGGCGGCAUGCUGGCCCGGGGCCUGUUCCUACGGGCUGACUUCGACCGGCACCUGGUGCGUGUCAUCGUGACGCUGGCGACGCCCCACAGGCAGCCAGUCCUGGCCCUCGACCCCUACAUCGCUCGCUACUACCACGAGGUGAACACGUACUGGGACGCUCACCACGCCACCCGCCUGCGCCACGUCACCUUGGUGUCGGUCGGAGGCGGCCACCGGGACCUGCAGGUGCGAUCCGACCUCACCCACGCCCGGCAGGCAGCCGUCAGCGUCCUGACGACGGCCGUGCCGGGGGUGUGGCUGUCCACGGACCACCUGUGCAGCGUGUGGUGCAAGCAGCUGAUGCUGGUGGUGGUGCGCGCACUGUUUGACCUGGUGGACGCACGCACCCGCCAGGUGUCGCUCAGCACGGCCGACCACCACGCCGCCUUCCACUACCACUUGGUGCACAGGACGGCCGGCAAGCGCCUGGCGGGGGCGUCCCACCCGCCGGUGUCGGCGCUGGACGUGCGGGGGGACUGGCGCGAGAGCCUGCUGCGACAGUACUCGGCGGAGCUGCGGGAAGGCGUGCGUGCCCCCACGCACCUCAUGGUGCGCCUGCUGGCCGACCCCGGGCACCAGCUGCUGGCCGUGGAGGCCGCCGGCCUGCAGGACCGGGACUGGCUGUUCGCCUGCCGCGCCUCCGCCGUCGUGAACCACGCCCGCGCCUGUGAGUCGGGUGUCAAUUUGUCGAAUUGGACGGAAAUUUCUCCAUCUGUUCGCUUCAAAAGGAAGUUUGUGUUCCUGAACCUGACGCUGCUACGUCAACAACCAUUUACCCACGUCGUUCUUCGUGUGCUUCCUACGGACGACCCUGUCCAGUUGAACGUGGACGUCCACUCGUCCGGCCGACACAUCACGUUCGAACCACCCUACUGGCCGCUGCCCUUCGAGCACACCGUCGUGGAGGCGACGGACGAUAGUGCCGUUCGCUACACCAUCAAGUUGCCGGGCCUGGGGCGGGCGUGGCAGGCGUACCGGCUGCGGCUGACUCCAGUCCAGUGCAAGCGAGCGACGCAUCAUGCAGUGGCAAGCUUCAAGGUCGGCUGGCGCAGGGAGGACUCCCACGUGUUCGUCACUGACAAUGCCUCGGAGGUGCUCCAGCUGCGCCUGCACACGCCCGCGCCCCGCGACCUCGACGCUGGCCUCAGUCCGCGGGUGGAGCUGACGCUGGACCCAGCAUGCAAGUAUUCAGUCAGGCUGAGCGGCUCGCCGGCGGAUGCCCUGGGCCAGCUGGUGCGCUUCUACGGGCCGCUGCUGUGGGCGUACGUGGCCGGCGUGCUGGUGCUGACUGCAGGCCACCAGCUGCGCUGCGCCGGCGAGCACGGGCGCUGCGUGGCCUUCCACUCGGCCCUCGUCGCCGGGGCGCGGCCCACGCGCGUGCUGCCCCCGCUCCUGCUCGCCCACCAGCUGCUCGGUGUCCACGUGAGUGAGACUGGAGAAGAGACGGUGCUGAGUAGUGGCUGGCGGCCGGGCAGUUGGGGUCCGCUGGCGGGGCGGGUCCCGGGCCUGGACGCGGCGCUGCUGCGGGAGCAGGACCUGGACUGGGUGCUGCUGCCCGCGGCCCUGUACGCCGUCGCCUUCUCCCUGGCGUACCUGCUGGGCGUGGGCUGCUGGCUGGCCGUCGUGCUGGGGGGCCACGCCGCCCACAAGACAACCCUCAGGUUCGUGGCACGCACCGUGGUGGGCUCGCUCUGCCUCUCCGAGUGGGUGCUCGCUGCUCUGGGCAAGCUGCCGACCGCCGUCGCCUGCUGCCUGCUCACCCUGUGCUUCUCGUCCUGCGGGGCCCUGGGGCUGGGCGUGGCCUCCAGCUUCUUCUUCCUCAAGCUGUGCAAGAUGUACGACGACUACCUGGAGGAGCUGUUCAAGAGCUCCGUCAAGCUGAUCUUGGGGCGGAGGAAGCGGGGGUCGGAGGGAGUGGAGGGGGCAGCCCCCGCGGAGAGCGAGCCCUUGUCGCAGCUGCACUUCAGCUUCACGCUGCUGCUGCUGCUGGCGGUGCUGACCUCGGUCAACGCCCCCUGCGUGCUCACCUGGGCCCACAACUUCAGGUACAGUGCCCAGCUGCAGCCUGACUCGUCCUUCCUGCCCUCCGUGGUGACCUGCGCCUGCCUUGGCGUGCUGUGGCCGGCGUCCGUGCCGAGGCCUGGCCUCAAGCACUACGCCGCGGUGUGCCGCGCGCUCUACCUGCUGGCGGGGGCCAUGUUCCUGGGCGCCCCCGUGUCGCUGCACCGCCUCAGCCCCCUGACGGCCGCCGUGUUCGCCCUGGUCACCGCGCACCAGGCGCUGGCCCGCGCCGACCACCGCAAGCGCGACUGAUGCUCCGCGCCGUUUCUGUUUCUGUAAACGAAAACUAGUUUCUCCUCUGGGGCUUCCAAAGUCGGCUGUUCUUUUAUAAUUCCUGCAGAGCACUAGGAGAGGAUGGGAAAUCUUGUGUUGUUUCCUUCAUUCAUGUUAUACGCUCAGAAACUACUGUGUGUGUGCUGUUAGGUUGGUGCCAUCUGGUCAUUUCGUGCCUCAUUAAGUCAUAUAUUACUCAGUUAUUUUUAAGUGGGCUUUGUGUUAUCUAUGAUGUAUCAGUGACCUUUGAAACAGCGCUAAAUGAUCAGUGUAUUGUGAGUCCUAGCUUGUCGUUUAUUAACUUAAAUUUUGAAGGUCUCUAGACAUAACAUCGUGAUAACAGGUGUGUUCAAAAAGUAUUGAACCUUUGGUCGGCGAAAAUACAUUUAUUUAUUCGAGAAACUAAUCCCCUUCAAAGUGGUCUCCUUGGUAAUGCACUCACUCCUGUUCUAGCGUUCCCGCCAUUGUUGGAAACACUUCUGAACUGCAGUUUUUGGAAUGGUGAGCAACCGUGUCGUUGAAUUCCGCAUGAUGUCUUCGUCUUUUGACCCAGAUAUGUUCCUUUCAGUGGCAUUUUCAGCUUGGGCAAUAGCCAGAAGUCACACGGAGCCAUGUCGGGUGAGACGGGAGCCUGUGGACCACAGGAAUGUUGUGUUUGAUGAUAAAAGCCUGAAGGAAAGGCGCAGAAUGGGCGGGUGCGUCAUAGUGAUGGAGCUGCCAAGUUUUCACUGCCCCUGGUAGUACUUCUUUGUGAUGUGUGUCCUUGUGGUGAGUACUCAUGAUGCACGUCACCACAGGAGUCAAAGAAAACAGUCAACAUGACCUUGACGUUGCUGAGGAUUUUUUUUUUUUUUUUUUUUAGCUCUGGUAUGAUGGAUGUUGCCACUGUGACGACUGCAUUAUGGUUUUUGGCUCGUACCCAUAAACCCAUGUUUCAUCGUCUGUGAUCAUGGUGAUCAGAAAGUUGGGGUCACUGUUUGCAUUGUCCCGCAUGUCCUGUGCAAUGUCCAGACCCAUUGCUUCUGCUCCAUUGUUAGCAGCUUUGGUACAAAUUUCGUAGACUCUCUCUUCAUGCCCAAGUUCUCGGUCAAAAUUGAAUGCACUGAUCCGAUGCUUACCCCUAUAUCUUUCUCAAUUUCUCGGGCUGUGAUAUGACGGUCCUGCAAGACCACAGUCUGCACUUGCUCAACGACAUCGUCAUUCCGGCUUGUUGGGGGCCUACCUGAAUGAGGUUCACUGUCCACUGAUGUGCGGCCAUCUGUGAGUGGUUGUACCACUGCUUCAUGCAUCGUCCCCGAGAGCCUGACGAACCUUGCGAAUUGUUUCCACUUGGGUGUGGUCCAGCUUUUGGGAAAAUUUGAUUUAAUAUUGCUGCUUAAAUUUUUCUGUCAUUUUACAAAAAACUGAAAUCCGACGACCACUCACGACACGUCUUCACUGGUUGGCAGAAUGCCAGCGACUGACACUCUCUGCGGGUGGGAAAACAUUCACGACUGCACAUGAGUGUUCCCUCCACAUCUACACUAAAGGACGUCUCCCGCGCUUCAUUGGUUUAUGCGUGAAAAAAUAAGAUUCAAUACUUUGUGAACACAUCUGGUAUGUUGUUGUGCAUUUUACAGGUGUGUUAUAAUUGUUGUGUUUUAUUGAAGUGUAUGUAGGUUUGCAAACUGCAGUGCACUUUAUUCAGUACAUUGCAUGGUGCAUCUUCAAUCUUGCUUUUAAUAAAACCACCAUGUUAUCAAGAUUUGUGUGCCACCUUUGGCUUUUCUCGGGUUCAAUGUGAUCCGCUCGAGUGUUGAAUAAAAUCACACUUUUAUACAAAGCCACGUUGAUAUAAUCUAAAGUAAAAAUAAUAUAAAUGUAAAGUUUUUUUGACAUUAAAAAAGUAUAAUUUUUUAAACAGUUAUUACAAGAUUUGGUACUUGAAUUAUGAUAUGAUGUAGUUUUUAACUAAAAUUAGUAAUUUAUUGUGGAUAAUGUUUUAUGAGGCUCAUUAACAAAUCCAGGAGACUACUACAUAUGUUACAUGAUUUAUAAACUAUAUUUUAUUGUAAUUUUCAGCUGUUCGUAAUGGUGUCGUGGUACCGUGCAGUUCGGGUGGUAUUAUGCAGUGUGUGCAUUGUAGGUGUUGAGCUGGCUGACAUGCAGAUGCAUGCACUCUGUUGUACUGAGUAAACCUCACACUAACACUCUCUUUGUUGUCUGCGCUUGUCCAGGCAUGUUCAAAACAUUUUGAAUUACCAUUAAAAAUUGAAACCGUUUUAGAAUGUAUGUUUGAUCUUAUUUUUGUGGUAUUUUGGCUUUGAAUAAGAUUGUGGUAAACCUAAAGAAAUUUUCUAUCAAAUAAAAAUUUCCUUAAAGCAACUUUGAACCAUUUUGGGAAAUUUGAUGUCGUCAAUAAAAUAUUGUUUCCAGUCACUGCGAGUGCCUGCAUCCAGGGAUUUUUACUUUUGUAAUUAUAGUAAAAUUACUAAAAUAUUUUCUUAAAGGUAAAGAUUUUUUAAAAAUUAAUUUUUAUUAUUUUAACAGACUCACUAUUGUGAGUUGUUACAUAUGCUAAGUAUGUCUAUUUGAAUGGGGAUAAAAAUAAAAGGGUGGAUAUUUUUGCUUUAAAGUAAAAUGCUUUUUGGAAUGGGGUUCAUAUUGCCAUUAAAAGAUUUUUUUUUUUUUUUUUUUUUUUUUUUUUUAAAUUUGUAGGUUGAGGUGCAGUAGUAAACGUGCAACGCGUGCCCAAGAUUGUGUGAGCUAGACAUGUGUUGUGGCCUUUGUGUCUGCAGUGUUGCAACUUGUGUUGGAUGUAGUGCUAGUGUUAGGUUGGUGUAGGGAACCUCCUACUUGAAUCACAUGAUGUCAUUCAUUUUUAAUUGUAAUUGUUACAUCUCAAUUUUUUUUUCCUGUUAACUAAACAAUUUUAACUACCUUUAUAUAAAAAAAAUCAAAUGUUUUGUUUAGCUGAUACAUUGAGCCAUUAUUAAGGCAAUUCCACUCAACAUCCCUUUAACAUAACUACAGCACAGACCACUCUUAGUUUCCUGUUUUACCUGGAACUCUAGCUCUGCCAUUGAUUCCCGACCACAAACUGUAAACUUAUUGUAUAAAGCUAACUUACCUAAAUCGCCAUGGCUCCAAUGUGUUUCUGUUACUUAAACUCUGCAAGAUACAAGCAUUGCUAAACAAAUGGCCUUAACACCUGCUAAUGAACUCGCACUUCCGUCUUGCCUUACAUAAACCAUGUCAAUGACAGAACUCGGCAUCAGAUUAAUAUUCAUGCCUGAUUCACAACGUGGUACAUCACCUCAAAAUUGGUCAAAGCUACAAGGAAAUGAUGUACACUUGACUCCUUGGUCACAAGCCCUGUCAUUUUAAAAUGUGAAAACACAGGCAGUUAAUCUGCAUCAACAUUUCCAAAGGCUUGCCAAACUACGGUACAACAAACUUAACUAUAAUUCAACUACCUUCAUGAUCGCAACAUACACUGUGUGUAGCCCACGUACCAGGUAUUUCCGUGAUCGUAGCCUACUAUAGUGCCUACGACAUACCCGGUCAAGAGCUUGCUGAAGAACAAUUUACAGUACUGAUCUCAUAAAUGACGACUCGGGAACAGCCAUGUACGCAUGCGUGGAGGGGAAGGGAAUUGCUUCAGGAAAGGAGGGGAUAUGAUCAGUCCAGAACAAAAACUUAUGUUUCGCUGGGGUGGGCAUUCCAAAUGUUCGAUAUGCCCCCCCCUCCGGCCCCACCUAACUACCAGCUCGACAUGAAUGUUAAAACUGGCAGUAAUCUUUAUACAACCAAGUUUAUUGACCUCAAUGUUAUUUGGAGAGGGACUUAUCGUUGUUCCCGGAGGUUGUAGAAUUGACAAUUGUCCAAAUACGUAAUCUCAUUGCUGCUGUCUAGUGUGUUUUUGAAGGGCUCACACACUAUUCUAGGACACACUGUAAAUUUGCAAGCAAUAUAUUCUUUACAGAUAAAAAUAAUAGUUUACAGGUUUUUUUUUUUUUUCAUUAUGAAUUUAAAACAAUCUGGGCAUCUACAAAAUAAUAAUUUAAGGGCCUGGCACUUGGAAGUGUUCAUGCUGUGAUAAUGUAACAUGUGUAGUUUUAUUGAAUAUUUGUGUAACAAAUGUGUUAGGUAGUGUUAUAAUAGAAAGUUUUAAAUGAGUGUAUUAAAUGUGUGCUCUUCACUUUUGUGAGUGUAAUAAAAUUUUGUAGUAAGGAAUUUUAUGGCCAAAGAGAAACAAGUUAAGUAUUAUGUUGCCUAUAGUGUAUUGAAUUGUUAUUAGUGUUGUAGAGUGUAGACUGCUUGUUUGCAGCUAUUCGUAACAGGUGCAGAUGGACUUUGUGCUAAUUUGUUUUGCCAGAGAUCCUGAAGAUUCUCACAGAUGAUUGUUGGGAGUCAUGUUGUAAGGUUUUCCAUCAAGGCACCUGCCCUCCUGGGUAGAAGCUGGUGAUGAAAUAAACUAAUACAAAGUG